UUCUUCUUUAAAUGUUAUAUUUGAAAUACAACCUUUCGUCAUUCCUCCAAACAAUUAAAAAAUGCAGCUAUUAUGUUUCCGUUCAUUGUCGCUUGUUUCAUAUCAUGAAUCUUGUCGUGAUUUCCAUGUUGUAUCUUCAUUUCAUAAUCAACAAUUUUAUGACUAUUCUUUUUUAUUGCACAUUUUUUCAUUCCUUAUAUUACACACAACACUCACAAUUGAUAUUUUCAAACUAGAAAAAAAUUUUUCAGCCACCGUUUUAACGUUUUGUAUGCUAUACCAUCUCGUAAAUAUCAUAAGAGUAAGUUCUUAUAAUGAUCAAUUUAAUAUGUAGAUAACUCUUAUGCGUGUUGCUUGAUAACUUAUCUAUUUUUCAAGUAGCACAAGCCUAUGCAUGUAUAAUCCAACGAAUAAUUACAUAUUAUCGUUCAGUUACCCGAUAGAAAAAUAAUUAUUUCGGAUUAUUUAUUAGAAAAUCGGUAAACGAUACACUACUUUCUAUUCUCACAUAUGAUUAUUACUAAAUUCCUUUUACUUAAGAACCAAUUUUACACGUGAGAAAAUAUUCAGUUGCCUUCGAAUCAAUGUAACAACUUAGCUGAAGGAUAAUCCUCAAUUCUAUCGUUUUUCUAACCAAUUAAAUAUUGCUCGUAAAACGAGGAGUUUCUUGAUAUUAUGUUAUUCUUGAUAUGAUGUUAAAACGAAAAAUAAUCGAGAAAGCUAUCCACAUUACUUGGCUGAGCGUAGCUAUAACUUUUUGUUGGCCAGUUCCUCUCAACAGUAGCAAAACUCAAGUGUUUAUUUUCAAAGUUUUACAGAUAAUUAGUAUUAUUAAUGUCUCUAUGUUGCUUCUCCCGUUGUUAUAUUCGAUUUAUCUGCAUUACGAUGAUAUCAUCAUUGUCUCUAAAUCUACUUUGUCAGUAGGCUUGAUUCAAGUAAUCGCGCAGACUGCUAUAUGCUUCGUCAAAUACGACUCUCUACAACGUGUAGUCGAAGAGAUGAUAAUUUAUGUCAAACAAGCACAACAAUACGAAAAGAAAAUUUUCCACAAGUAUACAGAGAAAUGUCACACAUUUUACGGAUGUUCUAUAGCGUGUAUGUACCUGACUGCAACCGCUUUCGUAAUAGGACCCGUAUUCUCGCCAGCUUCCUUCCCAGCAGAUGCGGAAUAUCCGUUUCAAGUUAAUCGUACGCCAGUGAAGAUUAUCAUAUAUUUGCAACAGAGUUUAGUUGCCUUUCAAUGCGCUGGACAUGCAUGCUUGAGCGUAUUUGGCGCGCUUUUGCUCUGGUUCGCUUCGGCCAGAUUUGAAUGUCUGGCCGUGGAAUUGCAAAAGAUCAGAGAUAUUGGUAUGCUGAUUGUUUGCGUUAAGAGACAGUUACAUGUAAGAAGAUACGCAAGAAGAGUGGUAAUUAGUUUUCGCUUUAUAAUACUUUGUGCCAUGGGAGUAAGUAUAUUUUCUCUGACUCUAGGUGGUGUUAUAAUGAUAACAAAGGCACCAUUUAUUGUGAAAAUACAAUUCAUAACUUUGAUUUUGACUCUACUCACAGAAAUUUAUAUGUACGCCUGGCCUGCUGAUCAUAUGAAAGAUAUGAGUAUAAACGUUUCAAAAAGUGUGUACAACAUAACAUGGUACAAACAGACAUUGAGAAUGCAAAAGAAUUUGUUAAACGUAUUAAUGUAUCAGCAGCCGAUAAUUCUUUCUAUUAAUUGUAUAUUGCCAGAGCUUUCAUUACGUUCAUAUUGUUCGUACCUGUCCAAUGCAUUCUCUAUCUUCACAGCUAUACGUGUUAUCAUAGAAAAUAAUCCAUCAUAAAUGUAAUUUUUUUAUUAAGUAAUUGUUAAAAUUUCAAUUGUUUCAUGUAUCUAUGUAUUUAAUAAAUAAUUUACUAAUA